UUAAUGAUACAAAGAUAGUGAAUACAGCGCAGGCCACUCAUACACUCUUGUCCUGCCAUGGAGAGCACCAGACUGGCUGAGUUCUGUGUCUUCUUGUUGUUUGCUACCUGCUGCAGUCAGGCAGUCCCAGCAAGUGAAGAAGACCCAGGUUACUGGAGAUCAUGGGCACAGAGCACACUCCUCAAUGCUCUUCAUCUUCAUCGCAAUGAAAAUGUGGCUAAGAAUAUUGUCUUCUUUCUUGGAGAUGGUAUGGGUAUCACCACUAUCACAGCAGCUCGCAUUCUGAAAGGCCAGUUAGAGAACAAGAAUGGCGAGCAGACAGUUUUGACAUUUGAGGCCUUUCCUCAUGUGGCCUUGUCCAAGACAUACAACACAGAUUUCCAAAUCUCGGACAGUGCAAGCACUGCCACGGCAAUUCUUUGCGGUGUGAAGACAAACAUGAACAUCGUGGGCAUCAGUGCAGCAGGGCGCAAUGGGGUCUGCCACUCACAGAAGGGCAAUGAGGUCACAUCCAUCCUCAAAUGGGCCAAAGAUGAAGGGAAGUCAGUUGGAAUUGUGACUACAACACGAGUCCAGCAUGGUACACCAGCUGCUGCCUAUGCACACAGUGCCAGCAGGAAGUGGUACUCAGACUCGGAUAUGCCCAGCAGUGCCAAGAAGGAUGGCUGCAAGGACAUUGCAUACCAGCUCGUUUUCAACAUGGACAUUGAUGUGGUCAUUGGAGGUGGUCGUAAAUACAUGACGCCCAGAGGCACUAGAGACCCUGAGUAUCCAAAUGAUCUGAAAUCUCGUGGAAAGAGGGAUGACAAGCUGGAUCUCAUAGCAGAAUGGCAGAUGAGAAGAGCAGGACAGGCUGCUUACUAUGUAUGGAACAAGGAGGAUUUUGACCGUGUAGAUGUCAAUGGCACAGAUGCUCUCCUUGCCCUGUUUGAACCUGGAGACCUGAGGUAUGAACUGGAGAGGGAUUCCACCAUGGACCCAUCCCUCCCAGAGAUGACAAAGAAGGCCAUUUCCAUCCUUCAGAAAAAUCCCAAGGGCUUCUUCUUGCUGGUUGAAGGAGGCAGAAUUGACCAAGGUCAUCAUGCUAGCCAGGCUGCAAUGGCGCUGCAUGAGACUGUGAUGCUGGACCGUGCUGUGGAGGUGGCACUUGCGCUGACCAAAGAGGAGGACACCCUCACUGUUGUUUCUGCUGACCACUCACAUGGAUUUGUCUUCACUGGCUACCCAUUCAGGGGAAGCAGUAUCCUUGGGAAAUCUCCACUGUUUGGAAGAGACAACCUGCCCUACACCACUCUACUCUAUGGGAAUGGACCUGGAUACAAAGUGGAGAAUAACAGCCGGCAAGACAUUCGCAAGAUGGACACAGCUUCCAAAGAUUAUGUCCAGCAGUCUGCUGUCCCAGUGGAUUCGGAGACUCAUGGUGGUGAGGACGUUGCCAUCUUUGCCCAUGGCCCAAUGGCACAUCUCUUUCAUGGUGUUCACGAGCAGAAUUAUAUUCCUCAUGCACUAGCAUAUGCUGCCUGCAUUGGUGAAAAUAAAAACCACUGUGCUAAUGUGGCAGCCCGUGGUCCAGCUAGCAUAGGCGUGGCACUUGCAGCCCAACUCCUCCCUUCUCUGCUGAUCACCUUUCUGGGGUAUCUGUUAGCACAGGGUUCAUAGUUUCAUCUUUUACUUGUAUGUCAUAUUACACAAUUUACAGCAUUAAUGGUCCAAGUCAUCCUUGCUUGUCCAGUGUGAGAACAGGUGAAAGUUUAAAGGAGACCUCCUUUGUAACCCAUUAAAAUCUCAUCAUACUGCUUAAA